UCUCUCUGUCUCUUUUUAAUUCCUCAUUCGUCUAUCUCUCAAUAGAGAAUCUCUCAAUAGAGAAUGAUGGAGAUAACGCCGAAGAGGUACUGGCGGAGGUGGAGAGGAUACGAGAAGCUUGAUGGGUCAUCAGAGACGAGUUCCGGUCGAAGGAAAGGUAAACGGAUCAAAAUGGAUCCGACCCGCAAGAAACGUUUUUGGAGGAUCAAGAUUGUGCCGAAACUGAGGAUCCUCAAAACGGCGACGCCGAAGAAGUUUUUGGUGUGGCUACGUGAUUCAUAUGUUAAGAUGAUGAUGCGUUUGGCUAACUCACGGGUUGUUGGAUCAUCUGGAUACGGUGGAUCCGGAUUCGGGUCGGGUCAAAUGAAGGAGUACGAUGAGAAAAUGCUUGUGGAGAUUUACAAGUCGAUACUGAUGGCGCAGGCGCAGGGGAAUCUCGUGCACCGCGACACACCUAAUAAUAAUCAUAAGCUUCCUUCUGAACCAGCGGUUGUCUCUGUCGUAUCUUCUGUCGUUACUUGUUAGGUAAUAAAGAACAAACAAUUAU